GCCCAUUCAAGUCCGGCCCAAAGUGCAGCCUGCCGGGCCUAGGGUUUGUAAGCGCCGCAACACUAUAAAAACGAGACUCCAAAACUCGCCGUGCUUCCGCAGCCACCACUCCAACCCUCGAACGAAGCAGAUCGGCGGCGCGUCACUCCAAUCACCGUUAGGGUAAAUGGCGACGGUUCCGGAUUCCCUUGUCUGGGAGCUUGUCAAGAAGAAUAACUCCUUCCUGAUCAAGCAAUUCGGCAACAGCAAUGCCAAGGUUCAGUUCAGCAAGGAGCCCAACAACCUCUACAAUGUCCACUCAUACAAGUACUCUGGUCUGGCAAACAAGAAGACUGUGACAGUGCAGCCAGCUAGUGAUAAGGAGAUGUCUGUGGUCCUAUCGACAACCAAGACAAAGAAGCAGAACAAGCCUGCUGCCUUCUCCCACAAGACUGUCAUGCGCAAGGAGUUCUGCAAGAUGGCGAAGGCUGUCAAGAACCAGGUCAGUGACAACUACUACAGGCCCGACUUGACCAAGCCUGCCCUUGCAAGACUGAGCGCAGUUUACCGCAGCCUCCAGGUAGCCAAGUCUGGUGUCAAGAAGAAGAACAGGCAGAUGAAGUAAAAAGGAGAAAAGAACUUGUUUUGUGGAGGUGUUGGCCUAUGUUUCCAACUUUUUUGCUUUGUUCUAAAAGUAUGGUGUCUAAUAUGAUGAAUGAUGUGCUCAGCGGACUGUUACAAGUUUUCGUAGUAGGUUCUAUGUCUGUACCAAUUACAUCGUGUGGAGCCUCUUGAAAUCAUUUCCAUCAUUGUUGCCCUUCGAGUCCUUUGGUUGUUAAUCUGCGUGAUUCUAUAAUUGCUUGGAUUGCUGUUGAUCACAA